CCCGUCAGUCUAGAAGGAUAAGAGAAAGAAAGUUAAGCAACUACAGGAAAUGGCUUUGGGAGUUCCAAUAUCAGUCUAUCUUUUAUUCAACGCAAUGACAGCACUGACUGAAGAGGCAGCCGUGACUGUAACACCUCCAAUCACAGCCCAGCAAGGUAACUGGACAGUUAACAAAACAGAAGCUGACAACAUAGAAGGACCCAUAGCCUUGAAGUUCUCACACCUUUGCCUGGAAGAUCAUAACAGUUACUGCAUCAACGGUGCUUGUGCAUUCCACCAUGAGCUAGAGAAAGCCAUCUGCAGGUGUUUUACUGGUUAUACUGGAGAAAGGUGUGAGCACUUGACUUUAACUUCAUAUGCUGUGGAUUCUUAUGAAAAAUACAUUGCAAUUGGGAUUGGUGUUGGAUUACUAUUAAGUGGUUUUCUUGUUAUUUUUUACUGCUAUAUAAGAAAGAGGUGUCUAAAAUUGAAAUCACCUUACAAUGUCUGUUCUGGAGAAAGACGACCACUGUGAGGCCUUUGUGAAGAAUUUU